UGGUGGACUGUAGUUGUUAUGAUGGAGCUGCCUCACACAGGGAGGAGGGCAGACUUUUAUUUUUCUUCGCAGACGAGCACAGUUGAGCACAAAAACAAACUUGAACCAGACGAGCUGUGGGUCAACACACGCGCCUGUGUGCUCGCAUGAAGCGGAGACGCUGAAAACGUUGAACUGAAGAGAUUUCAUUUUAUUUUUUAUUUUUCCAUUGUUGAAAAAAAAAAAAGGGGAAGGGCUCUGCCAAGAAAAAAACAACCAUUUGGAUAUUAAGUUAUGCGUCAGUGAGUGCGCACUUUACGCACAGGGCGCACCUGAAACUUUGAGAUGUGCAAGCGAGCGUCUGUUGUUGUUGUUGUCCGUGGUUCAGGUUUGACCUCCUGUGUUGGUGUCAGCUCUUCAGGACUCACCGUGACCAUGUGUCGUGGUUAAGAAACUUAGACGCGCACUCAAAGCCAAGAGGAGGAACGCCUGAGGCAGCAUGGGGGCCAAGCAGAGCAGCCCCGUAUUUGAUGGCAGAACUCGGGCUUAUUCCAGCUCCGAUCUCCCAUCCAGCAACUCCAGCGGCGGGGAGAGGAUCGCGGGGUUCAGGUACACGAAUGGACCCGAUGGCCCCAGGAUCCGUUACACGGGUGGAGGGCCCACCAGCUCGGGGCUCAGCAUACCAGCCGGCGGCAGGUCGGGGUCGCACGUACUCAAUCAGAGUCUGGAUGGCACUGAUGGGGACGAUGAGGGCCAGCUGCCUCCCGAGGGCCACAGGCUGCUUAUAGGUUCCUUACCGGCUCACCUGUCCCCUCACCUGUUGGGAGGCUUCCACUGCCCCGUCUGCUCCAAGUUUAUGGAGUCGGAUGAAAUAGAGAAGCACCUGCUCAUGUGUUUCAGCAAAACACGCCUCACCUACAACAAGGACAUCCUGUCCAGAGACUCUGGGGAAUGUGCCAUCUGUUUAGAGGAGCUGGAGCAGGGAGACACCAUUGCCAGACUGCCCUGCCUCUGUAUCUACCAUAAAGGGUGUAUAGAUGAGUGGUUCGAGGUGAAUCGCUCGUGUCCGGAGCAUCCUGCCGACUAGGAGCUGCAGGAGUACAGUUUCAAUCAGCUGUACAUCUGUGUGGCCCAACUUGUGACUCCAACCUCAUCCCAACACUGUCUGUUUGAGCCGAGCAUCAGCUCCUCAGGGAUUGUUAGUCGUUAUUGUGUGCAACAUUUUUCAUAUUGCCUCACGGAACCGUGACGGACUUGAUGGACUUUGGAUAUGUUUCUCUCAACGUCCGUGUGACGUUCAAAGUAAGAACCACUGGUGGAGUCAUGUUUCCAUUAAUAUGUGAAUGUUCCUGAUGCCACCUGCUGGCCUAAAGAGGGGUCACGGAGCUGAACUGGUGAGCUGCGAGGACUUGAAGAUCAUGGUGGAAGAGUUUCUGUUCAGCAGAGAUCUGGAUCAGUGCCUGUUCAAAGACUUGAUCAGAUGGCUGAAGGCUGAUUGUUGUGCAAUGUGAAAAACAGCCAUAGAGAAUUAAAGAAAUGCCAAUAUCAGCUUUAAGGGAUGAUUACAGUGUUGAUUGUAGUUAGGAAAUAAAUCUUUAUUUUAUUGCUAAAUUGGCUAUCACUACUGUCUGUUCAACAAUCAUGUGCCCUAGACCAAAUAGUCUAACAUAGUGGGACUUUGUUAAUCAUUUGGCCGUUCAGAACCACAGUAAUGUGAUUGUGUUGUCAAAUUAAGGUUAGAUAUAUAUAACGAUGAUUCACACACUCUCCAAGGAGUGCCAUAAUAUGCUGCUAUGUCAUAGACUGGAAAUCUUUCCUUUAACCUUUGAGCCUUGGUUCAUUGUAUUUUGUAUUUGUACUGUAAUGGAUUGCACAACAAUAAAUGUUUUGUCUUCGUGUC